AUGAAACUGAAGCAAGGAUCGUUUCUGUGGUACCUCUAUCUGGAUAAACUGUAUUGCUUAUUAUCCGUGAGAAAUGUGAAGGCUUUGGUGGAGUAUUUUCACCUUCUGGAUGUGCACCGCAAGAAAACCUUGAAUGAUGUGCUCUUCUACCACUUCCUUCAUCACGUGACUGACCUGAAACGGAACCAGAUCACAAUUGUGUUUAACAUGCUGGACUGGAAUGCUGUGGGCGAGAUUGGUUUUGACCAGUUCUACAUGCUGGUUUGCAUACUGCUGGCACAGGAGAACCAUUUGGAAGAGCAAUUUAUCUUCCGCCAUUCCCGGCCUGUUUUUGAGCUGCUUGACCUGGAUGGGGAGCUGAAAAUUGGCCCAUCCAACUUCCACAUGUACAACUUUCUCUUCAAAAUUAAAAAACAGCAACUCAGGGACCUGUACCAUGACUUUGACAUCACAGGUGACUGUCGUCUUAAUUACAAGGAAUUUAAGCUGUUUACUAUCUUCUCCAUGAACAAAUACCAGGAGAGUCAGAAAGCAGUGGAAGAGGAGAAAGCUCUGCCCGAAAAGAAAGUGUCACAAGUUAAUGUGAGUCAAAGAGAGAGUCUUCUUGGAAUAAAUCAUUUUGAAAGUGUAAGUAAUUACAAUUGUUAACAUCUCUAAAAAUAAAUUUAGAACAUCAAAGUAGAUAUCUUUAAAUCGAUUUUUACACAUGCGGGGUUCAGAUAAGCACUCCUCAAUCAGCAUAUUCUUAACUUUAAUAACCUUUAGACCUCACAAAUGACUCACAGUUACGUAAGUGAAGUAAAAACUUUCUCUUUGUUGACAUGUCCCAACUCUGCUGCUGCUUUUCAGAUCAACUCUGUCCAUUAGGGCCCUGUGUAUCCAAAUAAUUACCAACUCUUACUGGAGCCAAGCAGUCGGAAGGUGGUGCUUUCCUAACAUUUGUCACUAGUGGUCCAAUACUUUCAGAUUUCUAAUUCUCCCACUCCUUAGGCUAAAACAAACUUCAAAUUGGCAAAUGGCGAAGUGCCUCCAACCGUAGGGGAAACUGACUUUUAAGGAUAUGGGGACUGUGUUCUUCCUAGAAUUUAAGUUACUCUUUGAUGAGUUAAGUGCUUAAGCAACUAUACCAAAUCUACUAGGGUAAAAUAAUUAUUACAUGCCCUUGUAUAAUUCUAUUUUUUUGUAUAAUUAAUGCUUUGAAUAAUUUUUAAGUGUCUUUAGCAUGGGAUUUGUGAAUCCUCCUUGACUACUGUGAUGUUAAUGAUGAUAACGACCACUGAGUAAGUGCUUGCAAUGGGUCACGCAGGGGCUUUAGACGCAUGAAUUUAUCCCCUAACCCUGCGAAUUAAGUGUUAUCCUCAAUUUACAGAUGAGGAAAUUGAGGUGUCAAGAUUAAGAACCUCGGGCUUCCCUGGUGGCGCAGUGGUUUAGAGUCUGCCUGCCAAUGCAGGGGACACGGGUUCGUGCCCCGGUCCGGGAAGAUCCCACAUGCCGCGGAGCGGCUGGGCCCGUGAGCCAUGGCCGCUGAGCCUGCACGUCCGGAUCCUGUGCUCCGCAGCGGGAGAGGCCACAACAGUGAGAGGCCAGUGUACCGCAAAAAAAAAAAAAAAAAAAAAAAGAUUAAGAACCUUACCCAAGGUUCUUAAUGACUCACUAGUGGCAGGACCAAAGUUCAAAUUCAAGGUCAAUUAGACGCUUGUACUGAGAACAAGUGAUUUGAGUAACUCACUUCAGUCUUAGCAGAUUCUGUUUAAGUUUUAAGCUGGCAUUUCACUGGCUCAGAAACCCCGUCUACCUAAUGCUAAUUACCACAUCUCCUUCUACCAUAGAUUUCUGAGGGACAUGUUUGGUGAUUAAAGAAAUACAGCUCAUUUACUAUAAACCAAGAAUUUCUUAAGGAAAUAAUAUAUGCAAUAUAACUGACCGUAAGGCAUUCAGUGAGUUCCAGAGUACUUAAUAAUCAAAAAUCACUUUGUCAAUGUGCAACAGACAAGAAUACUGCCUAAGACUGUCAUUCAUAAGUCACACGUAAUAACUGAAAUCAUGUUAAUUACUGUGAACAUUCUCUACAUUUACUCUAAUAGCCAUGAGAUUUCGAUAACACACUUAUGAGUAAUGCUUAGCAGCCAAAAUUUUGUCUUCCCCACAACGGUACUACAGAAACUAAAUGGAGCUAGCGGGAAUCCCCUGGCAGUCCAGCGGUUAGGACUCCAUGCUUUUGCUGCUGAGGCCAUGGGUUCAAUCCCCGGUCAGGGAACUAAGAUCCCAUAACACAAAGUAAAACCACAUGACACAGGUUUCCACCUAGACUGUCAAAGAUCAGUAAGUUGGUCAGGGACUUCCCUGGUGACACAGUGGUUAAGAGUCCGCCUGCCAAUGCAGGGGGCAUGGGUUCAAGCCCUGGUCGAGGAGGAUCCCACAUGCCGCAGAGCAACUAAGCCCACGUGCCAGAACUACUGAGCCUGCGCUCUGGAGCCCGCGAGCCACAACUACUGAGCCUGAGUGCCACAACAGCUGGGCCUGCAGGCCUAGAGCUGGUGCUCCACAACAAGAGAAGCCACCGCAAUGAGAAGCCUGCACACCGCCACCAAGAGUAGCCCCCGCUCACCACAACUAGAGAAAGCCGGUGCGCAGCAACGAAGACCCAAUGCAGCCAAAAAUAAAUAAAUAAAUAAAUUUAUGGGAAAAAAAAAAAGUUGGUCAGAAUAUAGGAAAAUAAGAGCAGUCAUAUUGCUAUAGUAUUAAAUUGGUUAAAAUCUAUGUGGAGGGCAAUUCAGCAUCUACUCCCUAAAUGUAUAUACUGUUUGAUAUAGCAAUGUACAUAGACAUAAAGAUGUAGCUAUAGAAAAGGACAUUUCACGGUAGCAUGGUUUAUAGUACCAAAAGACUAGAAACAGCCAGACUGACCUGUGGUACUCCAGACAAUGGAAUACUACUGCACCUGUAAGAGGAAUGAAGCAGAUCUAGCUCAACAUAUAUGGAACAAUCUCUAAGACUAACCAUUUUAGAGAAAAAUCAAAUGUAUAGAAUAGCAUAUGUUAUUUAUGGAAAAAACAGGGUAGGGCGGGUAAAUAUACUCACAUACACUAAAAUAGUGGUUCUCACAUUGGGAUCCCCAGACUAGUAGCAGCAGCAUCACCUGAGAACUUUUAGAAAUGCAAAUUAUUAGACCCCACUCAGACCUACUAACUCUGAACCUCUGGGGGAAGAGCACAGCAAUCUGUGUUUUAAUAAGCCUUCCAGGUAAUUCUGAUGCAUGCUGAAGUUUGAGAACCACUGUGGUAGAGCAUCUUUAAAGAUAUCCAGAAAACUGGGAACAGCUGUUACCUCCGGGGAGAAGAAAUGGGCUAUGAAGAACAGGCAUCUUCAGAGAGACUCUUCACUUCGGUAUGUUUGGAUUUUUUUUCCCAUGUGUAUGUAUCACUUAUUUUAAAUAAAAAUUAACAAUCAAAGCCUACCCACUUUGAUCCAAAAUGGAUAAAGAAAUGAGCUCAGUGCUUCUGAAAAACUGAAUUAUGGGUUUUGGUUUACAGCAUGAUUCUUAAAAGAAAAAAACAACAACCUAUUUGAGACCAAGAUUUCAAUGCAGCAAAUAAAGUAUAUCUAUAAAUGACCAUGUAUGGUUUGACAUAGUAGAGCCUAAGUUUGGUAGUAAUGAACUUGUUAGUUACUGAGCUGGGAGGUUUUAAAAAGGGGAAAAACCUUUUCAGAGGGUUUUUGUUUUUGUUUUUUUUUUUUUUUUUAAUCAGAAUGAAGCAGAUUACCCUUCAGUGGAGAGUAAUAAUAAUUAAAAACCCAGAAUAAAGGCAAAGACAAAGAGAAAAAUUGAACUUUUUUUUUAAAAAAAGCACAAAAACCCUACAUACUAAAAUUGUACACAUCAAAUAUUGGUCCAAUCUUAUAUCAAUCUAUUUACAAUUAAACAGCACCAUGGUUUUCUCACCUAGGUUAGUUAAAUGCCCAGAAAAUUGUUAUUCAAAGUACACGUUCCUUUAAAAUAAAAUAAACUAUUAAGAGAGCUCCAAUCCUCAACAAAAAAAAUCUACCAACUAUAGAUUAUUAUAUCACCAAAUUUACUUAAGAAAAAUAGAUUUGAACACUUUUUUUGUCCCCCAGUUGACAAACUUUGAGAGAUGUUGCUGUUCAAUGUGACACACAAAUUAAUAAGGAAACAUUUUGAUGACAGGGGCAUUAUAUUGAAAUACCCUCACAUAUCUCCACCUCCAUAUAUAAAAAUACUCCUUUGGAAUUAAUGCUGCUGUUGCCUUUUGAAUUUAGAUUCAAUUAUCAGUAAACCUAAAUUAAAUGUAGCCACAAUCUUUAAAAUGAUUGCAUGAAAAAGAGAAGCAGUUAAAGCUCUCAGAAACAUGAUAUGUUACAAUUAUAGAUAUUAUGUGCAAUCAGGCUAUAGGAAAUUUAAUAGUAUUUUAAACAUUACAUUUAAACUAGUUUCAUUUUGCCAUUAAAAUUAAUAAUGGUGCUUCACAUCCAAAAUACAUGUGAAGGUUUGAUUAUUUCUCAUUUGAGAACAAGGUAAGUGCCUUCUUGCCUCUACUUUUCCAUCUCAUGGAUUCUCAGGGGUUCAGAAAUCACUUGGUAGCCCCCUUCUCACUUAUGGGACCAACCUUGAAAAGGCUCCAAAUUAAAUAUAAUCCUUGGCAGCUUUGUUCCAGUCCUAGUACAGAAGAGUCAGGUUAUCUCACCAAAUUUUUCAGUCCUCUAAUAUAAUCUGCAGAUGCUUCUUAAUUUGCCUCUUUGCUAGGAAAGAUGAGAGAGGAAAAUUCUCAUCCACCACAACUACAGGUAACAGUGAACUAUGGAAAGCACUAAAGUAUAAAGCAACAUAUCAACAUUUGGUCUCACUGUCGAUGUUUAGGUGAUGUCAGUAAAUAUUUCACUCUAGCAAAGUAUGAGUUGAAAUUUUUUCUAAAAGAUUGAAGACAGGCACAAUUCUCCCAGGCACAGACAGAAUGGGUUUUCCUUACACCCUUCCUGCAAAUUGGGGGAGAAAAGAUAAUUACUUUAUUAUCCUACAGUAGGAACAGCUGUACUUGAUUCCAUGCAUUCCCUGGGAUUCCCCUGAAUCCCUGGAAUGAUUCAAGUACAUUCCCAGCUGUACUUGAUUCCAUGCAUAUCCAUGCAUUUGGGGGCACAGUUAGCUCUGAAAAGUUCUAAGCAGAGUAGGUAGAUCAAUGAAGGUUUUACAUAGUAGUGUCCUUCUAAGCCUGGAUAUGAAACAGCUUCAUUAUACAGACAUUUCAAAAUACCUACGCAGCAAGAGGACAACAGACUUUUCAACUAAGUUAUCAGUUGAAAGUCAGAGAUCUGAAUGCACUGACUAAAUUAUUGCCUAGUGUUCCAGAAAGGUGCCUGCCACCAACGUGCUGGAAGGCACCAAAAUUUAGUGUGAAUGUAAACAAGGAGCUCAACAUAUGGGGAUGGGGAAAGCAAUAUUGAAACACAAUUUGCCAGUCUCUGCUCCUUUAUGGCUAAAUAUCAAUUGAGCAAGGAAUUAAGACCAGAAAAGAAGAGAACCUCAAGUACUGCUCUUUUCAGUUUCCAUUUUAAAAAGCUCAAGUUUUAUAACUGUUAUUGAUGAUUUCUGGAAAUUGUAUUUAUUUUUUAAGAAUUCUAUAUUCACAGGUGCUUGGUGCUGUUCUGCAUGGAUGCAAUGUUCUAUUUACAGUCCAAAUCAUUUAAAUACAGCCAUUAUAUAGUUGUUGGGUAUUUUAAAAUAAAUGGUUAUCUAUUUCUUAA